AUGGAGAGAGGAGAGACAAAAAGGCAGAAGCCCUAUAAUAGCGCCUGCUAACUUUGUUUAUUCGGUUGUGGAAUCUCCCGUCACCUCCUCUUUCCCCCAAUACUUGUCAUCAACCCCUCCAUCCCUUCUCUCUCUCUCUCUCUUUCUCUCUCAUCCCAAGAACAUCAACCUAACAAAACCCACAACGCAACAAUAGCAACAGCAUAAAUAAAUCAGCCACCCCACGAUUCCUCCAUGGUUUCUCUCUCCUCCUCCCGUUCUUGAUCUUGAACAAGAAACAAGAAACAAGAAAAGACCCAGUUUUUCUUGCCGACCCAUCAAUGGACUCUCCCAAGAAUCGCCACCACCACCACCACCACCCCCACCACCACCAACCCAACGGCGAUUUCAAGACCCAUGUCCCCAAGAAGCCCAAAGUCUCCACCUUUAUCGCGGACUCCGAGGUCCAGGCCGAGUUCGCCCACCACGACCCCUCCGUCGCCCGGAUCAACAACGGCAGCUUCGGCUCCUGCCCCGCCUCCGUCAUCGCCGCCCAGCAGCAGUGGCAGCUCAGGUUCCUGCGGCAGCCCGACGGCUUCUACUUCAACGAGCUGCAGAAGGGGAUUCUUGAAUCGAGGGCCGUGAUCAAGGACCUCAUCAAUGCCGAGGACGUCGAGGAAAUCUCCAUCGUCGACAACGCCACGACCGCGGCCGCGAUAGUGCUCCAGCAGAUCGCCUGGGACUUCGCGGAAGGGAGGUUCCAGAAGGGGGACGUCGCGGUCAUGCUCCACUACGCUUACGGCGCGGUCAAGAAGUCGGUGGAGGCGUACGUGAAGCGCGCCGGCGGGCGGGUGGUCGAGGUCCAGCUGCCGUUCCCGGUGAGUUCUCGGGAAGAGAUUGUGUCCGAGUUUAGGAAGGCCUUGGAGAGAGGGAAGGUGGAUGGGAGGAAGGUGAGGUUAGCUGUUAUUGACCACGUCUCGUCGAUGCCGAGCGUGGUGAUUCCAGUCAAGGAAUUGGUCAAGAUUUGUAGGGACGAGGGGGUUGACCAGGUUUUUGUGGAUGCAGCACAUGGGAUUGGGUGUGUGGACCUGGAUAUGAAAGAGAUUGGGGCUGAUUUCUACACUAGCAAUCUGCACAAGUGGUUUUUCUGCCCGCCUGCGGUCGCGUUUUUGUACUGCAGGAAGUCUCCGAGGUCGUCGGACUUGCAUCACCUGGUUGUGUCCCAUGAGUAUGGUAAUGGGUUGGCUAUAGAAAGUGCUUGGAUUGGAACGAGGGAUUAUAGUGCUCAGUUGGUGGUGCCUUCGGUCUUGGAAUUUGUUAAUAGGUUUGAAGGCGGUAUUGAGGGGAUUAAGAAGAGAAAUCAUGAAGCUGUCCUAAGGAUGGGAGAGAUGCUGGCGAAAGCAUGGGGGACGAACCUCGGCUGUCCACCUGAUAUGUGUUCGAGCAUGAUCAUGGUGGGUUUGCCUGCUUGUUUGGAGAUAUGGAGUGAAACAGACACUCUGAAGUUGAGGGACCAUUUGAGGGAUAGUUUUGGUAUUGAAGUGCCGAUUUAUUACCGAUCUCCAAAAGAGGGUGAGGUUGGUCCAAUUACAGGGUAUGCUAGAAUCUCGCAUCAGGUUUACAAUAAGGAAGAGGAUUAUUUCAAGUUUCGAGAUGCGAUUAACAAACUCGUGGACAAUAAGUUCACUUGCAAGCUUCUUCCUGAGUAAUAAGCUCUAAAGUGUUCUGAUAAUAAAAGGGUGCAGUUUUAAGCUCAGCUUGCUUGCCGUCGGCUGCCAUCAUGGUUUAGUUACCAUGGGAUUCCAAGAAGUCUGCAGGAAUCCGGAACCGAGAGGAUGCACGUUGCCUUUGUAAUUAGAUUUUUAGGAAAGAUAUUGACUGCAGGCUCAUUUAGUUUGAGAGAUGCUGACAUCAGGCUCUGCUAAUUUUUGUUGUUUCAUGCUUUGUCGAUCCUCCUCUGUGCAAAUAAAUAAGAACGAACCUGCUCUCAUGUCCGGCAGGAGCUGGUUAUGAAGGUCGUGGAUUGAAGCUUUGGUUUAGGUUUGUAUCGAUUCUGCACGACUCGUUGCUUUCGGUAGGAUCAUCCUUUGCCUGUGCAGACUGAUGAUUUGCUGCUUUCCAAGCAAGUUCUAGUGUCAAAGCCAAGCCCUCUUCCUCUAUGAUUCUGUAAUUGAAGAAUGGCCUAGUAGAAAGCUUCACCGUUUGCUUUCGACGUUA